CGUGGAAUUCUCUACAACUCUCUAUGUAUAAGUUUUGAAUUGCAUUUCAUUGAUUUUUUAAAAUUUAUUUCAAUAGAUAAACAAUUUAUUACAAAACUAAGUAUAUGUUCUUCUUGAGUUUAUUUCCAGAAAACAAAUGCAAUUCAAAACUUAUACAUAGAGAGUUGUAGAGAAUUCCACGGACUAUCCGAAUAUAUAAUUACUUUUCUCAAAAUGUCAAUUUAUAGUAAUAAUAUAUCGAAAAUACCGAGUCUAACUAUUUUUUUCCAGGUGGAUAUAUAGACAAUAUAUAGUAGAGGAUACAUAGAAAAAAAUUUUAUUUUUCAUCUCCUAACAGUCUUAGAAAAACUUCGACAUCGAUAUUUUUUCUGUCGAAAUAUUUUGUGUAGAAAAACGUUCUCUAUUAUGUGAAAAUUUUGUAUUUUGUACAUUUCUUUAUAACAGAAACUAUUGAAUUAAUAAUUCUCGAAUAAAUCAACACAACAGAUCAUACAGAAUCUUAUAAGAUCUGACAUCCAUUGUUUUGACUUGAGAUAAGAUUCUAGAAAGAUCUUACUAUCGCAUGAGAUUUCCUAUAAUCUUAUAGUGAUAUCUUACAAAGUAGUAAGAUCUCUAAGACUACGAUUUUUUGUACAUUUUUUCAUAUGGUUUCGUCUAAUCCAUAAGAUCUUAUAUCUGAUUUUUUUGACCUGAGUUGAUACAAGUUGACAAAAAUUUAGUGAAAUCUCACCGACAUACUCUAUGCAAAUACUUAAGAGAUACUGCGGCAGAUCUGCAUUUAUCAUUCAGAAAAUAAUGUGAAAAACAUCCUCAAAGAUACAUAUUGAAUCCUUAAGGUUCCACAAAACCAUACAAAAUUACGUUUGACAUUUGUUGUUCAACAUGCUCCUAACAACAUCUAACAGAUAGAAUCUUCUCAGAAUUUUGUCAGUUUAGCAGUUCCACAUAGUUCAUUAUUUCAUUACUUAAAUUCUUCUCUGAUAUUCAUAUAAAUGAUCCUUCUACAAAAAGAUUCUGCUAUGUUUUUCUAUCAAAAGCUUAGAUGGAAUUAGCAUCACUCUUUCUUUGAGGAGCUCCUUACACCAAUCUCCAGGUGUUGUUUUUACGAUCAAAAAGAUCUUGUCAAGAACUAAAAGUGACAUAGAUGUAAGAAUCGUUACCAAAGCUUUUUUUCUCAUAGAAAACCAGGAAAAGACUUCUGAAUUUUUAUCUGCGGAAAGAACAUUCUCAAAGAUGAAUGUCGUAUUUGUAGCGCUUACUCCCACGAGAGACGAGAUCCCUUCAACAACGAUGAUAUCUUUUCUUUUUUGUUCAUUGUAGUAAUUCCCAAUAUUCCAGUUGAUGCUCGAUGGAAACAGAAUGGAGUGACUGUUGCUGGAGGUCAUGGAAAAGGCAAUGCCACCAAUCAACUCUACUACCCUGAUGGUCUCUUCGUUGAUGAUGAUCAAACGAUGGUCAUCGCUGACUACGACAAUCAUCGUAUCAUCCAAUGGAAGAUGGGUGAUACGAAUGGACAAGUAGUAGCUGGCGGCAAUGGCCAAGGAAAUCGAUUGGAUCAAUUGAAUUGCCCAACCGAUGUGUUGAUCGCCAAAGAGACGGAUAGUCUCAUUAUUUGUGAUCAAGUGAAUCGACGAGUCGUACGAUGGUCUCGUCGUAGUGGUACAACUCAAGGAGAAAUCCUCAUCGAUAACAUCGCUUGUGCAGGAUUGGCCAUGGAUGAUCAGAGAUAUCUCUACAUCUCUGACAUCGGCAAAGAUGAAGUAAGACGAUAUCAAAUAGGAGACAAGAAUGGAACUAUUGUGGCUGGUGGUAAUGACCAAGGUGCUGAUCUCAGUCAACUCAACCAUCCGCACUACAUCUUUGUCGAUCAACAACAGACUGUCUACGUGUCAGACAGUCACAAUCAUUGUGUAAUGAAAUGGAAUAAAGGUGCAAAAGAAGGAAUUGUCGUCGCUGGAGGUCAAGGCCAAGGGAAUGCUCUGACACAAUUGUCGUAUCCUCAAGGACUGUUCGUCGAUACAUUGGGUACCAUCUAUGUGGCAGAUGCGGGAAAUCAUCGAGUGAUGCGUUGGCCUAAAGAAGCGAAACAGGGCACUGUCAUUGUGGGUGAAAAUGGUCAAGGAGCAGGAGCAAAUCAGUUCAACUAUCCCUAUGGUUUGUCCUUCGAUCGUCAUGGCAAUCUCUAUGUCGUCGAUGAGUUGAAUCAUCGUGUUCAACGCUUUUCAAUUGAAUAG